CCUUGGGCAUUGAUUUUAAUCUUCUACCAUACUGCAGACAGAGUCCCUCAUUGCUCACUCCAGAGUAUGCCAGGUCAGCUGCCUGCAGGAUUCCUGGGAUUCUCCUAUCUCUGUCUUCCAUCUCUCCAUAGAGCAUGGAGCUAUAAGUGCCCAUCACUGCACCCAACUUUACAUAACUUCUAGGCCCUCACCCUUGCAAAGUAAGUGCUUCACUCAAUGAACCAUCCCCUAGCCUCACCUUUUCAUACAUACAGACAGAUUCAUGAUCACAAUGAAAUUAAUGAGAUGGAAACUAAAAGAACAGCAUGAUGAAUUAAUGACACAAAAUGUUGGUUUUUUGAAAAUACAAACAAGUUUGAUAAACCCAUAAGCAUAUUAUAAAAAAAAUCACAAGAAAUUAUUUUAAUUCAAUAAUUUGGGAUGAAAAUAUAAUAUCAAAGACACACUGUUAAAUUCAAAGUAUGAUGAAAGAAUAUUGAAAAUUUAAUUCCUAGAAAUUCAAUAUUUAAAACAUUUGUGUACACAUCUAUAUGCACACAUCCCCUCCCUAAACUGAAGUGAGCAUUUAUAACAGGCUGACUGGGUCAGUUACCACUGAUGAGAUGGAGGCAAUGAGGAAGUCCCAACAGCAGAAAGUCCGGGUCCUCAAAUAUCUGCUCAAAAUUCAUUAAGAGCUAAAAAGAGCUAAAAGCAACAUUCCACACAUUGUUCCAUGACAUAGAGAAGCCAUACUUCCAACUAAUUCUGAGGACAGAGCACACAUCUAAGAUUUCCCCACGCAAUCUGCAUAGACUCUUCCUCCCGACCCCAACCAUUGCAGCUGUUCUUGGGCACUGGUCACUUCUGUUCCCCAGCCUACAACUUCCACCAUUGUCUUACUAAGAGGGGCAUGGGAUUGACACAUUGUCUGGAUAUGAAAUAACAAAUGGGAGCAUAGCUAUGUUUUCUAUAAGAAUAUAAGACUAUGCCUUUUUCAAUCUGAGUAUUCACUACUCUGUUUUUGGACACAACUUGUGUUUUUGCUGCACCUAUCCAUCGAUAAAUAAUAUGCUCUAUAUGAUGGAUGUCUCCCAAAUCUAAAUUAAGUGAGUGUUAAUUCCUUUAUCAUGAUGAAGGAAAUCAUCAUUUUGUAUGUGUGUAUUAGUUUUCAAUUUUGAAAUUUCAAAUUUCAGUUUUUUGUUUGUUUGUCAGUGGGUUUGUUUAUUUUUAUUUUUCAAUUUGUUUGUUGUCCUUCUAGGAUUGGGUUUUGUUUAUGAGUGUUAACUUGGCAACACUCUCCUGUCCUCUGAGUGCUUCUUUCUAGUCUUUGGAUUUCUACUUGAGAUGUAUUGAUUUUAGUUUGUUUCUUUUUUUAAUAAUAAUGGCACUGCUAUUUACAUGCCACGAAUCAUUGGUUUCUUGUGAUGAAGUUUAUGAGGCAACAAGCAGGGCUAUAUGAAGAUAUGGAUCAUCAAACAUUAGCAAAAAGCUGUUAUGUACUUGACACAUAAAGGCUUUAUGUGUAAUGGAGUCCUCCUGAGAACCUGCCACUUGCUUCAAAAACACUGAACUUAGAUGCACCUGUUUCAAUAAAGACAAUUCCUUACAUAAUAAAUAAAAGGGGUUUUGUGACUUCUGAGGCAAUUUUCUGAUGAGUUUCCACUAGCAAUUGACGUCUUUUGUAAAUAAUAAGACCCUAUUAAUAUUUUAAUUUUAUGAGUUUGUAUUUAUAUUCUGUGUACAAUUUCACCCAAAUUCAACUGCAUAUUCAGUGUAAAAUCUAAGCUAUUAUAACUCCCUUUUAAUAGAAAAAUUAAUAAGUAAGAUUUUGUGUUUACAGUGGGAUCAUGAAACCAGGACUCAAUGCAAUUAUGGGUCCUCAAGAUGGGAGCAGAUCUUUGUUGUUAGAUGUCUUAGCUGCAAGGAAAGAUCCACGUGGAUUAUCGGGAGAUAUUUUGAUAAAUGGAAAACCUCGACCUGCUAAUUUCACGUGUACUUCUGGUUAUGUGCCACAAAAUGACACAGUGAUGCGCACGGUGACUGUGAGAGACAACAUAGAGUUCUCAGCUGCUCUUCGACUGCCAAUGACUAUGACAAAAGAUGAAAAAAGAAGGCGAAUUGAUGAGGUCCUUGAACUUCUGCAUCUGGAUAAAGUCUCAAAUGCCCAGCCUAGAUCUAAAGAGCUCAGGAAAAGGACCAGUAUAGCGAUGGAGCUGGUUGCCGAGCAUCCCAUUUUGUUCUUGGAUGAUCCCACCUCUUGCUUAGACUUGAGAACUACUAGUGAUGUCAUCUCGGUCCUGAAAAUGAUGUCUAGGAGGGGACGGACAAUCAUCUUCUCCAUUUAUCGGCCCCCAUACUCCAUCUUCAGACUGUUUGACAGCCUCACCUUAGUGGCCUCAGGAAAAGUUAUGUUUCACGGGCCUGCGCAGGAGGCUUUGGAGUACUUCAAAUCUGCAGGUUACAACUAUGAGUCUCACAACAACCAUGCAGACUUUUUCCUCGACAUCAUUAAUGGAGGUUUCUCUGCUCUACUAGACACAGAGGAAGAUGGCCAUGAUGUUGAGAAAGAUAAAGAGCUUUCCGAGAGACAGCACCAAGUCAGAGAAAACUUAGCCAAUAUGUAUGCCCAGUCUCCCUUAUACAGCAAAAUGAGAACUGAACUGGAUCCACUCUUGGAGGAACAAACGGCAAGAAGGAGCUCAGCCUUGGGGGAGAUCACGUGUGUCACCCCUUUCUGGCAUCAGCUUGGAUGGAUUAUCCACCGUUCAUUUAAAAAUAUCAAGGGUUUUUCACGGAUCAUUAUAAUUAAGGCAACUAUCACAGCCAUAGUGGCUAUCAUUUUGGGUACAGUUUUCCAUGUCCUACGAAAUGAUUGCACUGCAGUCCAGGGAAGAGCUGCCUUGCUCUUCUUGCUCACAAGCUUUGAAUGUAUCACAGGCAUGACUACAGGGGAACUCUUCGUGAUUGACAGGGAUCGUUUUCUACAUGAGCACACCAGUGGAUACUACAGAGUGUCUUCAUAUUUCCUUGGAAAAUUGCUGGGUGAACUGGUACCCAGAAGGUUAUUGCCGAGUAUUAUAUUUACUGUUAUAGUAUUCAGCAUAACAGGAGUAAUAACAGAUGUGAAGGGUUUAUUCACUAUGAUAUUCACCAUCAUGAUGUUGGCUUGCUGUACCAGUUCCGUGCCACUGUCUUUAGGAGCAGGGGAGAAUGCAGCAGCUGUACCAACAGAACUCAUAACCAUCUAUUUUAUGUUCAUGCUGUUGAUCUCAGGUCUGUCAUUAUAUUCCGUAAACCUCAUGCGGGACCUCUCAUGGAUUAAGUCCUUGAGCAUUCCUCACUAUGGAUUUAUAGCUUUGCAACACAAUGAACUCGUGGGACAAAACUUCUGCCCAGAACAUAAAACAGAAGUCAGUAGAUGCCACAACUUUGUAAUGUGUACUGGUGAAGAAUUUUUGAGAAUCUGGGACAUUGACCUCUCACCAUGGGGAUUCUGGGAGAAUCUCGUGGUCUUAACUUGUAUAAUGAUUAUCCUCUUAUUGAUUACCUAUGUGCAGCUAUUAGUUCUUAAGAAAAAGAGAUAUUUUAAAAUCACUCUUCCAUUUUCUUUUAAUUGACCUUUAAAAAACAACAACUAAAAUCUUUCUUUUUUGUAAAUCCAGACCUUCCCCCCCCCAAAAAAAAAACAGUAACUAGAGUCUUAGAUUGUAGGGCAGAAACUGUCUUCAUUUGCUGAAAGAGAUGUGUUUCUGAAUGUGUUCUAAAUAUUUACACUUACACUCAUGGACACAUGCUGCAGCCAGCAUUACCCAGGAAAGAUUCCCACGGUAAGGAACUGUGGUGAAUGCAGACAAUCAUGACUGCUCAAAGGACCAGAGUAAGUGACACUUGAGUGCUUAACCCUAAACAGGACACCUAUACAACCCCCUCCAAAACUUAGAAAAAGGAGUGGAAAGAGUACAGGAGCCAGAAGAUGAGAAGAACAGCUGGAAAUGCUCUAUUGUGGGCAUGACAUAGCCCUUGCAACUAUGGUCAUCUCACAACAUCUGCAGAUCCCUGCACAAGACUGGGUCCCUCAUGAGCACAACAAUGGGCCAUACUGCAUUCUGCUGAACUAUUGGCUACUGGUAGAUUAUGAGAGAGAGGCAGUCAUUGAUUUCACAUGUAUUCUCAACAGGAAAGACAGCAGCUAGGCUCCUGUGGACAGUAUAAAACCAUGGCCACACAGACAACACUGGUUAAACUCUGUGGGUCACUAACAAAACACAAAGAUAAAAAUGUGGGAAAGGGAAUUUUGAAGAGGGUUGUUUGAACAGUUGGAUGGGAGAUAAGAAAGAUGGGAAUGAAUGAGAAUGGCUGAAAUGUAUUAUGUACAUAUGUGGAAUUGUCAAAAUUUUUAAAAUAAAAAUUACAAAUAUAAAAAA